UGUUAACACAACUCGCGCCUAUCUCUGUACUCGUGGUGAUAAUUUUGUUUUAACAAUAGUGAUAUAUAGGAAAACGCAGUGUUAUUCUACUUAUUUAUUCUGGCGUGAGCGAAGACCAUCAUGGCAAAAGCUAAAGUUAACAAAAAAUUGGGGUCGGUUGGCAUGGAGUUACCGGAGUGCCCAGUUUGUAUGGAGUACAUGUCGGCACCAAUAUUCCAAUGCCAGUCGGGUCACAGCCUAUGCAACACCUGUACAAGGAAUCUGUGUCCUCCUCUCUGCCCUAUCUGUCGUCAGGCUAUGACACAGAUCCGGAAUUGGCAGCUUGAAGAUAUGAUAUCCAAGGCUACAGUACCCUGUCCUAACAAGCCUGCUGGUUGUGUCUAUACUAUGGUCAACAUGGAUGUGGACGAUCACCUUAAGGAAUGCAUAUUCCGUGAGAUGACUUGCCCUUUGGGUGCUGUAUUUGGGAAAUGCUUUUGGUCAGGGAAAUUAAAUGGAAUGUUGGAUCAUUUCAAGGAACGUCAUCCCGACAACUUGAGUGCUGAUGCUAAUAUCACCAUCAAUAAUACUUCCAUUACAACUGAUGACCGUCACAUGUAUCUGGUGGCGCAAAACAAAUUUUUAUUCAUAAUAUCAUUUAAAAUUGACACUAUGCUAAAAAUGGCUUAUUGGGCAGUGCAGCAUAUUGGAGGUAAAAAAGCAGCACAACAGCACAUUUACGAGAUAAGUGUUACGAGUAAUCAGGACUCUAGGCGUAAAGCUGUUUUCACUGAUCAUUGCUUUAAUGAUGCUAUGGACGCCAACGAAAUAUUUCGUCAGGCCAAAUGUGCCGUAAUGCCUCUCGCUAUGAUGGCCCACUUCCUAAAAGAUAAAAGGUUAACAUUUAGCUUCAGUAUUAAAAGAAAUAACCCAGGUUUUAAAAAAGGACCUGGUCCUGACGGUGAAAAUAAACCGUUCCAUAACAAACAAAAAGGUCCACGCUCUCAAAGUAAGGGACCUCACCCCCAACCAAAGGGGCCCGGUGGAAAUAAUUUCCAAGGCCAAAAUUCUGGGCCUCACAUGCACAAAGGCCCAGGAAAGGGGCCAGGAGGUAAUAAUUUCCAAAACCAAAAUUCUGGACCUCACAAAGGAACAUUCAAACAAAAUAGACACAACAAUUAAUUAAUAUUCUUGUGCUUGCAUGACAUUAUUAAUAUAACAAUUAUUAUAUUAUGUUAUCAAUUACUUUUUAAUAAACAAUUACUAAGCUAGUGUAAUCACUGGCUUUGAUAAUAAUGCUAUUGGGUAUUUAACCUAAAAUAUUGAUUCUCUUACCUUAAACGAUUAAUAAUAUGAUCGUAGGUAUGAUCUUUCCCAACAAAAAAAAAAAAGGAAAAACGGGUUAAGCUUAGCUAUGGCAUAUGAGUCAAUUAAUGACACGAUUAGUUUCUUCUGUCGGUAAACGCCCUGCAUAUAAUAAGCAUUUUUGGACGAUUGGUCUUUUUUCCAAUGCAUCUUAAUGAUGAUAAGUAGGUAUUUAGGUGAACAACAAUAAUAAUAAUUUAUAAUGUCACCUGACUUCACUAUAUGUAUAAUCGAUUUGGAUUGUGAGAUUGUUUAUAAUGCCUCUUUCCAACCUUUCCUGUUUUGGAAAGGUACAAUAACCUUGACGGUAUAUUGUAAUCAAUGUGCUACUUCCCUAAUGGGUUGCGGAUGUCAGAUGAUAUGGCUCCGUGUAAAACUUAUAAUGG